GGCCACACUCACUGCUUAUCUGUUACACUCUCACCUAAGCACCUGAAGCCUCACUCUGACUCAGAGCCGGCACAGCAAGCAACAUGCGUCACCUGGAAGCGCUCUGCACCCUCGUCCUCCUCAGCACCUUCAUCUGCAGCACUCAGUCAGCGAGCUGCUGUGUGAGUUACACCAAGCGUGCGUUGCCAUGCCAACGACUGCUGGGUUACAACAUCCAGACCAUCAACAAUUCCUGUGACAUCAACGCCAUCAUCUUCCACAUCCGAAGCAGGUUUGUGUGUGCCGACCCUUUAACGAACUGGACCCAGAGAGGGAUGAGCUGUGUCGAUGAAAAGAGGAAGAAGCAGGCUCAGAUCAUCAAAGGCAGAACUCCUGGAUCAGCAUGAACUCAUUAAAACAGUCUAUUUAUAUAUAUUACAACAAGAACAUAAUUUAUUAGAGGUUCAUAUAUUUGUUUUUAUCAUCAUUUUAAAUUAUAGGAUUUUUUAAAUAUUUUUUUUCUUAUAUAUGUUCUGUUUUAUAAACAGGGAAGAGUAGUCGCUGUAGCUACAGGGCCUCAUCAACAAAAAACAAAACUAGAAAUGAAAUAUUGUUUAUGAAAAGUAUUGCAAUUUCUUUUUUUCCCCUUUUUGUUUAAUUUACCAACUCUGACAGUCCCAUAUUGUGGGUUUCAGUUUUGAAUGUAAAUAUGAAUAUUGACAUUUUUAAUUCAUUAAAACAGAUGUUUGAUGAAACUUG